CUACGACUGGGACAGCAUGCCACGAUGGUAUGACCCAACACACACACACAACCUCCCCUACGACUGGGACAGCAUGCCACGAUGGUACGACCCACCACACACACAGCCUCCCCUACGACUGGAACAGUAUGCCACGAUGGUACGACCCAACACACACACAACCUCCCCUACGACUGGGACAGCAUGCCACGAUGGUACGACCCAACACACACACACUGUCUCCCCUACGACUGGGACAGCAUGCCACGAUGGCCCUACCUGUUAGCUCAGUGUCUAGGCUGUGCUGUGAUAGAGGACACCUGGCACUAUUUCCUCCAUCGCCUGCUGCAUCACCGCAGUGUCUACAAGUACAUCCACAAAGUACACCACGAGUUCACUGCUCCGUUUGGCAUGCAGGCAGAGUACGCCCACCCAGCUGAGACAGUGAUCCUGGGGUCUGGGUUCUUCAUCGGUAUCAUGGUGUUCUGUAACCACGUCACGUUGCUAUGGGCCUGGGUCGCCUUUCGCCUGCUGGAGACCAUCGACGUACACAGUGGGUAUGACAUCCCUCUCAACCCUCUCCACCUGAUCCCGUUCUAUGCCGGAGCUCGUUUCCAUGACUUCCACCAUAUGAACUUCGUAGGGAACUACGCCUCGACCUUUACCUGGUGGGACAAGAUACUGCACACUGACUCCCAGUACAACAGACACAUGAUGAGCAAGAAGACCCAGUAAACAGACGGACACACGGACACGCAGACACACGGACACAGACAGACACACAGACACACAGACACAGACACACGGACGCACAGGCACACAGACACACAGACACACAGACACAUGAUGAGCAAGAAGAACCAGUAAACAUACGGACACAGACAGACACACAGAGACACAGACAUACAGACACACAGACACACAGACACAGAGACACACAGACACACAGACACACAGACACACAGACACACAGACACACAGAGACACAGACACACAGACACACAGACACACAGACACACAGAGACACAGACACACGGACACACGGACACACGGACACACGGACACACGGACACACGGACGCAGACACACGGACGCAGACACACGGACAGACGUAAAUUCUCACACACGCAGACAGACACACACACACACACACACACACACACACACACACACACAUGCACUUAUGAAUGCACGCUUAAACACACUUCAUGAAGGUCAGAACUGGACUCCUGAGUGUGCAGUGCCUUGUGGGAAAGAACACACUAAAAUAGAGUAGAACAGUCUUGACCAAUAACAUCAGCCCUUGUCUGGUCUUGACCAAUAACAUCAGCCCUUGUCUGGUCUUGAACAAUAACAACCAGGGUUGGGGUCAAAUUCCAUUUAAAUUUCAGUCAAUUCAGGAAGUACACAAACAUUCCAAAUCUAAUUCUCUUUAAAACUUUUAAAUUAGGAACAUUUUGAGUUUGAAUUGGAGUUUGGUUCACUUUUUGAAUCGUCUGGAACUUAAAUUCACCCCAACCCUGAUAACAUCAGGCAUGUUGGGGGUUUUAGGCUGGUUUUCUGUUCAAGCACUUUGUGACAUCUGCUGAUGCUUUUUAAAUACCUUUGCUUGAUUGUUUGAUUGAUUGUCUGGUCUUGACCAAUAGCAUCAGGCCGUUGUCCCUGAAUAAAAACAUUAUCCUGGUGAGAUUAUUAUUAUUAAUGAUGUGUUUUUCUUCACUUUUCAUUGUAAUUAAAACAUUUUUUACGA